UCAAAUUUCCAUCGCAGCCCUCGGCCAUCAGAGCCCACAGCAUCACUAACCCACCAAAAACCCAUCACCAUGAGCGCAACUCAACACCCAGACCUCACCCCCAUCAAACCAUCCUUCACCCCCCCCUCCUCCUCCUCCUCCGAAGAAGAAGAAUCCCCCUCCGUAUCCUUCACCAUCAAAGUCCUCUCCCUCGCACAACACAUAGAGGGCGGCUACUACGCAGUCACCCACGUCAACCCCACCACCAUCCCCUCCCCCUACCCGCAAUCCCCGCUCUCCCAGCGCACAAUCGACCUCGUCGGCGGCCUCGCCCCGGACUUUGAUCCCGCCGUCCGGCGCCUCUCCACGACAAUCUACUACUUCCUCACGCCGAAUCGCCCGCUCGGCUCCUUCCAUCGGAACCGGAGCCGCAUCAUCCACACUCUUCAUAGCGGAAGGGGACGAUACGUCCUGAUUCAUCCGGAUGGCCGUAUCGAGUCGUUUGUUGUUGGUCCCAAUAUCCAAAAGGGAGAGAAGUUGCAGUGGGUGGUGGAGGGUGGUUCGUGGAAGGCGAGCUUCCUCUUGCCUGACGUUGAGGGCGAGACGAGCAGUGACGGGUUGCUCAUCUCCGAGACGGUUGUGCCGGGCUUCGAGUACGCUGAUCACGAGUUUCUGUCUCGUGAGCGACUGUCAGAGAUUCUGCCCGAGGAAAAGGCCAAGGCGCUUGAGUGGCUCGUGAAGCAUUGA